AUGAGUCUCAUCAUACCCUUCGCUCUUGUCCUGGCUUCAAGAGCCCUUGGACAAGAUCCUGGUUUGCCCGUUGCCAAUCCCACCAUAUCCUACUGGCAACUUCCCCCAUUGAAGGGAGUCGCAGAUAAUCAGUCUGAGCAUCUACCAAAGGAUGUGGAUGUUGUCAUUAUAGGUUCGGGAAUGUCAGGUACCAGCGAGAACAACAGUACUACGCCGCUGAGGGUUGCCAUGAUCGAAGCUCGUCAGGCUUGCUCCGGUGCCACAGGAAGAAACGGCGGUCAUAUCAGACCGUCUUCCUACGCCGAGUAUGCUGGCGCUAAGUCGACAGUAUCACAGUUAGAAGUGGCCAAGAUCACUAGGCUUCGCUCUGCCCACGUGAACGCUCUCAUCUCUGCGGCCAACUCUCUUCCGGCAGACGGGAGAUUAGCUGCAGAAGCUCGUGUUGUGGAUAGUAUCGACGCCUUUUUCGACGAGCAGAGAUGGAAGACAGCUGUUGAUCAGGUUAAGGCCCUAAAAGAGGAGGUUCCAGACGUUGGAGACGAAUGGGCCAUCUUUGAGAGAGAAGAAGCUCGCAAUCUAUCACUUCUCCCUGAGACUGUCGGAAUUUUGACUGGAACUUUGGAGAUGGCUGGUGCAAUUUGGCCGUAUCGCUUCAUCACCCAUGCGCUAAAAUCACUCCUGGGUACCUACCCCGGCUUUACUUUGGACACAAACACAGUGCGCACUUCCAGAGGCAGUAUUCGGACCAAGUACAUGGUUUAUGCGACCAACGCUUGGACACCGCACCUUGUUCCCGGCUUACAAGGCGCCAUUCGCGGAGGCCGGCUGCACAUGAGUUCCCAGCUUGGAGGCAGUGGCCUGCCCAAAGCUGGACAAUGGCCAUCGUAUACUGUAAAUGGUAGUUUAGCUGGAGGACGUGCCUGGUCUCUGUAUCUAAAUGGCUUGGAUUAUAUUUUCCAGAUGCCCCGGAACGGAGAACUCAUGUUUGGCGCCUAUAUUGACGGAGACGACGCGAAUGCCAACACUUACGACGACAGCCGUGCUCCCCUUCACCUGUCUGCCUCGUAUCUCAACGGGGCUCUCCCAAACCACUUUGGGUACGACACUUGGGGUUCCGAGAGAACUGAUUUCCCGCCACCCUCGGACACAAGAGUCUGGGAUGGCCGCACGAAGCGCAUCCCUCAGUCUAUCACUGGUCGAUCCGUGAAGGACGCUUCAGUUGGGAGCGAGUGGGUCUCUGCAUCGUUUGAUGGAGAAGGGAUGUUGAUUGCUUGGCUCUGUGGCCGCGCGCUUAGUCGAAUGAUUUCGAACGCCGGCUCUGGGGCGAAUAACAACAACAGUGCAGUGAUUCCUGAUUGGUUUCCAGAGUCUUUUUUGGUCACUGAAGAGCGUUUGGCAAAGAGGAAUUUUACCAAAAGGCAAACAUCAAUCACAAUUAAAACGGAAGGAGCAUGA